AUGGAGGAAGAGAGAGAAACUUCAUCGUUGUUGAGGGAACAGCGUAAUCUCAGAGAGAAAGACAGAAGAAUGCGCAUGAAACAUCUCUUCUCUCAUCUCUCUUCUCUUGUCUCCAACAAAAGGUUACCGGUGCCACAGCUGAUAGACGAAGCAACUAUUCGGAUGAAACAGCUGAAAGAAAGGGUGAGAGAGCUGAAGCAGAAGAAGGAGAGAUUGUUAGGAGGAAGAGUAGAGGAGGAGAAUCGGCUACGCUUCUCGCCGAGCCUUCACGUCAGUGCUCGGGAAUCCACCGUCGAACUCAACCUCAUCAUCGGUCCCGACGCCAUGAACUUUGCACUUCUCAGAAUCAUGACUGCUCUUGAAGAAGAAGGAGCUGAAAUUAUGAGUGUCAAUCUUCAUAACAUGGAACACAAGACCAUUUGCACAAUCAUUGUCAAAGCUAUUAUUUCUCGGAUAGGUAUUGAUGCGUCAAGGAUCGAGAAGACAGUAAGAGAUAUAAUCCUUUGAUACAAACGUUGGGUUGUAUACUAGUUAAA